UAGUCGGACUGAGAAGAGAGUUCCUCAGAAGCUCUUCAUGUGUUCUUGUACGCUUGCGCAGUAGUAAAAAACAUGGUAGAAGGGGUAGAAAAUCAGUGGUGGGGAACCCGAAAGCAUUGAAGCAACUGAGGAACUCUUUUCUCAGUUCGACUAUACAGCUGCACUCCUCGACGUUAGCACGUCAUUUUUCUUUACAAAAAAUGGGGAAAGGAAAAUAGAAUAAAAUGCUAGAAGUAAAUGAAAGUAAAUUGUAUAUUUUGUGGUAGGCCUAAAACUACUUGUGACACUUGGGCGUUGUCAAGAUAUAAAUCAAAUUCAUUUCGAUAAGUAAAUAAUUUAAAGGAUGGAUGAAAAUAAUAUUAGGUUAGAAAAUUAUGAAAUGCUGAAGGCCUUGUAUGAUUUCAAGGCGACUUUUGCUAAAACUUUAAGUUUUAAAGAAAAUGAUCAUUUUCUUUUGCAUCAAUCAAAUUCUAAGCAACGUAAUUGGUGGCAAGUUGUUAAUAAUACCGGCCAACUAGGAUAUAUUCCCUCCAACUAUGUAACAACAGUUAAGGUACAACCACAAUUUAUGAUUGAUUUUUUAGAAGAAUGUAUUGAAAAACUUCGCAGUGAAUUUGUAAAACCUGGAGCUCCUUUACCAAUAGAUAAACAGGAUCUUGUUCAGAAGCUAGUAGAGAAAAAGAGACAAGCAGAAUCAAGUAGAAGACAAAAAAAGAAAGCUCCAUCUCCACCAAUUUUCAGUACAACAUCAACAUCACCAAAUAAAGAAAUUGUAUUUCCGCACAAUAAAACAGAAACAGAAAUUAAAACACCAACAUCUAAUGUACCAGUUAAGAUUGCUAAAAGUAAUUUACAUGAUGGAGAAAAGGCUAUAAGUGCACAAAUAAUUCCACAGACUCAAGAUCACCGCAAUUCUUUAACUAAUGAUCAACGAAGAUCAUCAUUCCCUCGUCAAUUAUCAUCAGAAAAUGCUCAACGUUUACAUUCGGAUAUUGUAGAAGGCCAAAAAACUCCUAUACAAUCAAAUCUACGUCAACCAAGUCGGGUAUCUCCAACGAAAAAUAACACAAAUACAAGCACAUUUGAAAUAGAUUCACGUGCUGCCUAUAAACUGUUGGAUGAUGUAAGAAAAAAUACUCAACUUUCUUAUGAAAUGUCGAAAUUGGCUGUGAAUGUUGUUGUAUCAGGAUUACAACAAUUAUUACCUAGUAAUUUAAGUCAUUAUUUUGAUGCUGUAUUAAAUCAAUUAGAGAUGCCAUUAAUUAAUUCAAAGAUGCGUAUUGAAGAUACAUAUGAUGCGAAUAGAUUAAAAAUUAUUUUUAAUGAAUUAACAUCAUGCAAAGAGGAUUCUCAGCAAAGAAGUUGGAUGUUAUAUGAAGAUGAAUCGAUAAUUGUGGAAUACAUCAAAGAAUUGACAUCUAUAUUAACAAAUGCUGAUGCCAAUGUAUCAAGACAUGCACUGAGACAAGAUCAGUAUAAUGGAGUUACAACUUUAAUUCAAUAUUAUCAGAUGGAAGCAAGAUGGACUAUUAGACAAUUACUGCUUCAAUCUUUUGGAGUUAUGUGUAGUUUGGAUCUUGUAGUGGUGACAAUUAUGUUGAAUAGUAUUUUACCUAUGGAACUUGCUAGAGAUAUGACAAGUAAUCCUAGAAAUGUGCCAAAGUUAAAUUAUUCAUCUCUUUUACUUACUAUGAUUUUUUCGAUGGGUGAACCAAUGCCUAUAACACACUUAGAACAAUUAGGACCUGAUUUUAUAUCAUUUUUAUUAGAAUCUAUUGAAGAGCCACCUGACACUGAUUUAGAAGAUCAGAUUCCUGAUUUAUUCACCAACUUGAUUUUAUCGUAUAAUUUACAAUUUGUCACUUCAGAAAAUAUUGUGAUUAAUGCACUGAAAGAGAGGACAACUGCCAAAACGUUCACACAAAAAAUACUAUUGCUAUUAAAUAGAGAAGAAGAUCCAGUGAGAAUAUUUGAUCAUCAACCUGCUCCUCCUCAUUCUGUAUUGAAGUUAUUCAUCGAUCUAUUUGCUUCAGAGAAGACAGCUUUAUUGUUUUAUACUAAUGACGUUAAAGUGUUGAUUGAUAUCGUUCUUCGACAACUAUUCGACAUUCCUCCAGGAGAUAAAAGACGACUAUAUCUUGAAUUAUGUCGAAGAGUCUUACGAACUUCUGGUUAUGAUGAUCAUCGUCAUCGAUCGGAAGAUUUACUCAAAUGUUUUACUAGAAUAUUUUGUGAAGAAGGAUCUGAAAGCCAUGGAGAUCAGAAAUUAAUUCGUGAAAUCAGUAAUGAAUUUCCUAGUCUCUUCAAGAUGUGACAUUUAGCAACGUCCUCCUUGGAUAAGGAGGUCGAAGAUGAUGAUUUACAGACUCUUGUUUAAAGAAAUUUUAUUAUUUUAAAAAUAUUAUUGACGAUAUAAAAAAUUUAUUGCAGCAAAA